AUGGCACCGUUUUCAGCAUGUAGUUUCUUGAGGGACAUCAAACAUGUCGAUAAGGACCUGCGACUGAUGGCCCUGUUUGAUCUUCGGCGUCACGUGCAGAGCGCUGACGAGAGCGGCAUCACCAACGAUGUGGUCGAUAAAGUGCUUUCCUGCCUUUCUCCCGACGAGCGGUGUGAGGAGGUUCAGAACGAGGCCGCGAACGUGCUUCCAGACAUGGUGGUAAAGUGCAGUCAGAGGGACAUUAUUCUCCAGUACCUGUUAUCGACCGUCACGAAAACGUGCGUUUCGGAUGACGGCGAUGGCGCCAACCUGCAGUACCUCAGUGGGAUGACUUUCAAGAAGUGCUGUGCUGAGUUUGCCAGCGAGGCUCGCAGAAGUGUUGCUUUCUGGCAAAAGCAAAUCGAUGUGGCUCGGCAUCUCUGCGUCAGCUGCGCAGCGCAACUUGAGGUGGACGACUUGGAGGACACGGCGCGCGAGAUUCUUUACACCGCGGUGAACGCACUCGUGCCCGCCUACAAAGACGUAUUAGGCGAGCGCGAUGCCCUUGUAAAGAUGGCGGUGAGGGAUUUCCAGAAAACCAAUUCGAUCCGACACGCAAGCCUGACCCUGGUUGAGUCCUUGCUGACGCUUUUAACACCGACGACGCAAGAGAGCGUGGUGGCGGAGUCGCUGAAUCUGCUCGUGACUGCGACAUCCAGCGAACAGUACGUCGCCUACCUCCAGCUCUGCGAGGUCGAAAUGCGCACGCUGCGGUCGCCUCCGAUGCCAGUGGUGCAGCAGAUCAUCGACUCCGCUUGCGAGCGUCUGGCUCAUGCCGCAGAGCACUACGAUGAGGGGGAGGACAGCACGGAGACACUGCUAGAAGUUGUCUACUCUCUUUUGCAGCUGAACGCAAGUGGCGGAGCCCCGUCGUGGCGCGGCACGUUCGCCGCUGUCAAGGACUUGGUCACCUUUGAUCCGUACGCCUCAGGUGCAGAGGAGGAUGCCUACGCCCAAGGCGCCGGGUACGACGAGGAUUACGACGAGUACUACGAGUACGAUAAUGGGAUAUCCGAUUCGACAUGGAAGCUGCGGAUGUGGGCCGUUCGCGUCCUUCAGGUGCUGGUGGCGCAGCAUAACGACAAGGAGUUGGGCAUGCAGUCCCUGAACAUAGCGGCGACCGCACUCCAGGACCGCGUCCAGGUAGUGCAGCUGGAGGCCGUGAGGCUGGUGCGCACGGUGGCUCGUCAGUCCUAUGUGCAUGACGCGGAUUGCGUCGUGUUGGUCACGAGCCGCUGUCACGAACUCUGCAAGCUCGUCGGUAUCGAAGAUGAAAAGGCUACCGCAUCCCUGAUGAAGGCUCUCGAAGACAUCUUUGCCGCCUUCGCAGACGCUGUCACUUUUUGUGAAAGCACAGUGCCUCUCUUGCUGAAUCAAGUCCGUGCCCACUUCUCCGCAGUUGCGGCCAGUGCGGCCGCCGUGGAGGGAUGCCGGAGCAUCGUGGCGAGCAUUGCCAGGGCAAGAGGAGACGGAGCAUUGUUGAGCAGCGAGACCGUGAACCUUGCCAAGGAGCUACCGGUGUUGUGCUUGUGCGGAGGCAAUUCCAGCGCCACGGCGGCCUGCAUCACCAAGGUCAGCGACACACUCGCGCAGGUGUACAGGGCCACCCACGACGUAUCUGUACCGGCCGUUCUGGGCAGCAACUAUGGUGCUCUGCUUGAGAACGGCACCUUUUCUGCCGCAUGCCGAGCGGCGGCAGCGGAGUGCCUGGCAAACUGGGCUGCAGCCCAUGGUCUUUUGGCUCUGGAGCAGCCGGCAACCGCCCUGUGGCGCGCGCUGGACUACGACGAAGUGAAACUGCCUGUUCUCCGUGCAUUGAGCAUCAUGGCAGGCAGCAGUGCAUCAUCAGCAUCUGUUCCGACGUCUGUGCUGGAGAAAGUGGCUACAUUGGUCGAACUAGGGUCAGCAAGUGUGCGGGCGGCCUCAGUCGAGGUGCUGCUGCGCCGCCUUUCAGCUCCCAACACGCCACCGUUGACGGCGUCGUUUCUGCAGCACUUGACGACCUUGUUUGCACCGGGCCACCCCCUGUCACUGUCGUCGUGUGAACUAGCCGAGAUGUGCGCGCUGUCGCUUCUUCUGGCACAGCUUUUCCGGCACCAAGCAGAGCAGGGUGUCGCGUUUUACGAGACCUACUUUGCUGGAGUGUGGGAACACGUUGCUCGACUGGCUGAUGCAGUGCUGUGGAGCCGGAGCCUGAUGAACCCAGCACUAGACAGCCUCACGGCGCUUGUGGCCACCGUGUAUGAGCACGAAUGCUCGUCACGAUUAUCUAUCGAGGACGGCGUGCGGCAGUUUUUGGUGUCGAACCAGUCACACAUCCCGUGCAUCUGCACGGUGGUGCGCUGCGUGGGUGCCGGCUCCCCGUCCGCCGUGAGCGCCUUUUUGGACACUCUUUCUCCCCAACUUCUGGAAAAGGCACACCUCCUUCUCUGCGUUGGCGAGGCUGGACAGGCAAGCGGGCUGAGUACCGACUGGUCUGCGCUGGUUCUUGACAGUGUGCAGAGCAAGGAAAGCGAGCUGGUGCGGUCUUGCGGCGAGCGGUCGCUUUCCUUGUGCAUGCUGCACCCCGGCAAUGUCGAGACUAUCUUGAUGCCGUGCGGUGAGAGGGCCGUGGACGGUGGCACCGCUGGCCGGUACUACUAUGUGAAGUCCAUCAAAGAAGCUGCCACAUUGGCCCUUUCGCGGUACCAUACCGCAUUUCACGACGCCGCGGUGAGCAAACCCUUGUUGUCCCUCUUCCUUCAGUCAUCCGCCAGCGCGGACCUGGUGGAGCUGUACGGGGCAUGUGCCGGGACUCUCAGCAUGUUCAUGCUUGACGCAGAGCGGGGUGUGAUGAUCGCUGACACCUUGCUCGAGACGGAGGCGUCGCUGGAUACGCGAGUGACGUGCAUGGUGGCCCUGCGCUACUUCCUGAGCACGCUGGCGGAACGAUCUGCAAGCAUUGGGAUUUACCGCCCCAUUGUUUUGCGGGCACUUUUCCAGCUGCACCGGCCCACCGACCCCAAGGAGAGUACGGCGCCGUCGCUGCCACUGCGCUCCAUGGCGUUGCGACUUCUGACCACGGUGCUUCAGCACCGUCCACAUUGGCUCCUCUGCGAGGAGACACGCACGACUAUUUUCCCGAAUUUGCUGACAGAGCUCCGCGAGGACGCCAAGCUGCAGGGCACGUUUGAUCUGAGCGGGUACACCCAUCGCGUGGACAAGGGACUGGAGUGCCGCAAGCUGGCGUUUGAGUCGCUCUCUGCCGUUUUCCGGGCCGCUCGCCAGCACAAGGUGGAUCUGGUGGAAUACUGUGAAGCAGAGGCGGCUGUGAUCAGCACGCUCAUUGUGGCUUGCAGCUCUCAUGGCAGCGGCGACCGCGAAUCUUCAAUCAACAAUACCGCGAAGGAUCUGAUUGUGCGGUUUGUGGAGAGAAAACCACAAUUCGUCUUUACCUCGUCUCAGCUGGACUCCUUGGCCUCCAAGCUUUCACAUGAUAUCAAGUGUGGCACCUCACCAACAGACGCACAGAAGACGACGCUCUUGUAUGCCAUCAGGUGUGUCAUGAGGCUGAGCAGUCACCCCAGCUUUGCGUAUCACACGGGCUUCCAGGAAGUGGCUGAGGUGGCCCGAAAGUCUGCACUGCUGACGCAGAGCCUCAAACUGUGA